AUGACGCGCACCGAACCUGCACAUAGCGCUUCCUCUUGGGAAACCAAAAGCAUUGCUGCCACCGAUGAUGGCCACCGACUUGACUCGGGCGGGCAAGAUUCACGGCCCCGGGGGCGAAUUCGUCGGUCAAUGACUGCUUGCAAUACAUGUCGCAAGCUGAAAACUCGUUGUGAUUUGGACCCUCGUGGUCACGCUUGCCGUCGUUGUCUAUCUCUAAGACUUGAGUGUGAGCUACCUGAAACACCGGAGCGAUAUCAAGACAAUGCAUCAUCAUGGUCCGAUGCCAACGCAACCAUCCCUUCAAUCGAGGAGCGAUUGGUGUCUCUGGAGCGGGGAAUGGGCGAAAUGAUCCAUCUCAUGCGACAGAUAGUCAAUCAACCAUCCCAUAAUGCCGGCAGCCCGAAUUUCCCCACUCGAAAUAACAGCAUAGAUGAGGCUGCUUUAAAUGAUCAUGGACCCAGUUUUACUUUAAAGCCGGUCCAGUUCAUUCGUGAUUUACAAGUUGAAUGUUUCGGUGAGAGAGACCAGUUCUCCGCCGAAGGUGAAAUACUGGGAGAUAUUGUCUCUCAAGGAAUCGUAGAUGCUAAAUUAUCAUUGAAACUGAUCGAACUGUGA